CUUCUUUGAAAACCCUAAAGCUAGCCAGCUCCCAUGGAGAACCAACUUGACUCACAACCACCACCACAACCCGCGCGCUUAAAGCUAUUUGGCUUCAGCGUCCAUGAAGACUCCACCAUGGAGGAAGAAUUACUACUCAUGCAUGAAGACGUAGCAGAUUCAACAACGAAACCAUCACCUUCUUCCACCUCCCCCUCUAGGUCGCCGGAUUCCGCCGGAGGCGCUGCAGGAGCCAGCGGCGGUUUUGCGUCCUCCUCUUCCGGGGAGCGGAAAUACGAGUGUCAGUACUGUUGCAGAGAGUUCGCAAAUUCACAAGCACUUGGUGGACACCAAAACGCGCACAAGAAAGAGCGUCAACAGCUCAAGCGAGCACAGUUACAAGCCACGCGAAACGCCGCCGCCGUUUCCUUCGUCAGAAACCCCAUCAUCUCCGCCUUCGCACCACCGCCGCACCUGCUUGCUCCGCCGGGGUCCAUGGUGAUGCCGGCGCCGCCUCCCUCGUGGGUGUACAUGCCGCCGCGUGCAGCUCCUCCUCCGUUCCACGUGUCAGUAUCUCACGGGUGCGUGUUCCCAUCGGCGAACAGCAGUAAUAAUAGUAGCAACUACAGUUACGGUAACGGUAACGGUAACAGUAACAGUAACGGUAAUUGUAGCAUUAAAAAUGGGGGUGUAGGGUUCCCCUAUGGUGGCGGUGUAGGGGAACCGUCAAGUGCAUUGUCAACGAUGAUGGGGUCGCAGAUGCAAGUGCAGGUACAGGCCCGGGCCCACCAUGGCAGGAUGGACGGGUCCUCUUUGAGUAGGUUCUCCAAAGGAGAUGGUGGGCCCAGUUUUGAUGAUUCAUUGGGCUUGGACUUGCACCUUAGCCUUGCACCAGCUGCGCCGUAACUGUUAGCCGUUUCUAGCUUCAGCCUUCAUGCGCCACUUAAUUAUUAUUAUUUUGUUAUUAUCAUCAUCUGCUUCAAAUCUUGUACAUUUUCACAUAUUUAUUUUUUCUUUUUCUUAAAAAAAAAAAGGUUAAACUUGGAAUCAAAUGAUUUGAUUAUUUAGAUAGCUUAGUACAAAUUGCGACAAUUGGCCAACUGCUCAUUGACCACAUAUAUUUGCUUUCAAAAUUUGUAUCCUAUUUAUUUCAAUUUUCUC